UACCGAAAACAAUACCACCAAUGAGUCACACGUUCCUCGUACGAUCACUAAUGGCACCUGCACAACGAAAAAGAAUAACCUAGCGGGGAGUACCGGUGUGGUACCGGCCAAGUACCCUCCGAAGGUCAAAUUAGAAUUAUUCUCACUGCUCUAGAGUGCUAGAGAGGGUAAAUUACGCGUACCUUGGUUUGUGAGGGUGCUUGGGUUUUUAUAGUAGAGAGGGCUGACCCUCUUUUCCUUGGAGUAGAAGUCUUUUCCUUAUCGGAGUCUUCCUGGGCGUAUUUUACGGGAUCCUUUCCAUAUAGGAGUCCUUAGGUUCCAUGAAACGUGGGGAGCAAGUUAUUUAUUUGUACAUGUAAAUGUGUAGAAUAGGCGUUUCAUAGACCGACCCCGUCAGUCUAUGCGUCCCGUCAGUCUACACAUAUCCUAUGACCUUCAGGACGUUCGUCUUUGUGUCCUUUUGCCUUAGGUCACCGUCAGCCUAGAAGGUAUGCUGACGGCAAUAACGUCUCGUCACCAUUGCAAGGCAUUCACCGUCUCCUUUGUUAAGUAUGUGCCGUCAGUCUCUUUUUAGGUCUUCACCGUCGCUCUUGUCCGUUAUGUACCGUCACGCUGGCCAGCAUAAUUUUAUCCUCAUCAUUUGCCCCCUACUCCAUAACUCCGUCACCCUCUGUACUGACGGGCUAUGGAGUUUGUUUUUCAAAAGAGGCAGAAACAUCGUUUGCGUGGAUCUGAGCAUUUAAUGCCUUGGACAGGUGGCUCGUUCCCAUUGGCCUCACUUCUGACGAGAUGUCGCUUCGUCUUCCGCGCCAUUUUUUCCAUAUAUAAACAGCGUUUCCAGUCACUUUUUUCACUAUUUCAUCCUUGCUGAACUUGUGGAGAGACAGACCGUCGAUCACCUUCCGUCAGCUUUAACUUCCGUCAGCUUAUCCGUUGCUGUAGCCGUCCAGAGGGCUUCCAUACCGCUUAUACCCGUCCGCAUAUAACUGACGAGCAGGAGGAGUUCAUCCAUCGGAUUCUAGAAAUUCCUUUGGAGGACCGUAAGUGCAGGGAUUUGAUUACCCUUGACACCCUCCAUCUAUACUGUGGGGGCCCAAAUCCGUCAGCGGAAGCUCGUAGGUUGGAGGAGUUUGCGCGACGUCGUAAGUAGACUUUUAUUUUUCCGUCAGUUUCAUUAUUUCCGUCACUUUUCCUAAAGUGUUCUCUUUUGUGUUGUAGAGAUGGAUUCUGCGAAACAAAGGAUACGGGCUGCCGCAGCUCGUCAGAAGGAGGAGAGGAAGGCCAAGGAAGCAGGGGGGGAAGCCUCGUCAACCCCCAUGGCCGUCGCCAAAGUGGCGAAGAGGAAACCUGACGGGAGUGACGGCCGUCCCUCAAAAAAGCCUGCCGUCACUCCGUCAGUCGAACCAUUGAAGGAAAAGUCCCCUCCGACGUCUGGCCAUGGUGCGGGAAAGGGGGUGAUGACUUCUGCUGGUCCCGUCACUGAGGGUCCGUGCCGUCUCCUAACCCACAAAGAAUAUGCCGUCGGGGAGGUUGAGUCCCUGAUAAAACCAACGGACAUGGAGCCCUGUGAUCAAGUAGGGACGGAGGAUUUAGGGGCGUCGGCCCUCUUUGAUCUCUCCAGGGCCUUGGUUCGUGUCAAAGCCCUCCGUGACCGUUGCGUGGCGAAGGAGGGGGUCGUCAGUCGAGUUCGCAGCCAUAACAAGAACUUGCUGAAUCAGCAGGCUCAGUAUAAGGAAGCCGUCCGUCUUCUUAACCAGGAGCUGCAGAAAGUCAAGGAGAAACUGACGACGAUCAGUGGCGAGAACGUCAAGCUCCAAGGAGAGGUGACGGCUCUGGAGGAGAAGUUACAGACGGCGGGGGCUGACGCGAUUGGACACUUCAAAACGUCGCAGUCAUUUAUUGACUCAUGUGGUCAAUAUUACGGCACUGGGUUCGAUGACUGCCUUCGACAGGUCGCGUCGGCCUUCCCAGAGCUGGACUUAUCUGGGAUUUCAAUGGAUGAUGGAGACGACGUCUCUCUUCAGCCAGAACCCACUCCGGAGCGUGACGGCUCGGUAGUCCUGGCUCAGCCUGCUGCUAAUCCUACAGCUUCAGAUUCUCCAACCGUUAUCGUGGAUGUUGAAGAUCAUCAGGCUGACGGAAAUCCUGCUGACGCUCCUCCUGCUUAACCAUGGCUAUGUAAAAAUUUUUUGAAAAUAGUUGUAAUCUUUAGACGGUUUUUUGGAGAACAGUUGUAAUUUUUUAAACAGUUGUAGUUUUUAAACAGUUGUAAUUUUAAACAAUUGUAGUUUUAAACAAUUGUAAUGUUUAAGUGCCCUUGACGUUUAUGCAUAGUUGCGCGUAUUUCAUUUCCGUCGCUUUUAUCUCUAUCUCAGACAAAUGUUGGAAAUUCCCGUCUGCUUUUAAUACGUCGGCUUUUUAAACUGUUUGAAUACCUCGUCAGCUUUGAGACCGUCAGUUUACAAGUGUUAUCUUUUGACAUCCUUGUUGGUCCGUCAGUUUUGAGGACCUUGCCUCAAAGAUGGUUAUUCCACCUUAUCGGACCGUCAGCCCUUAGGUUGUUA